AUGGAGGAACCUCAUGAGCUGAGGUCCCCUCCUGCCUCCACUUCCGUAGUUGGAUCGGAGAAUUCCCCUACACCCCCUCCUGUGAGUGAGCAUUUGGUGGUGCUCAUAACUAGACCCUCCUCUCCGUCUACAGUUAUAGCCCUUUUGACCCGACCCUAUGACAUCCCCUCUCCUCCCCCCCAGGAGUCGGAACACACACCUACUCAUGACCGGGAUCUGAUCGUUGCAGGCCCAGGAGGCCCCCACUUGCCCCCACUGGAGGACCUCCAGUCGGAGAGCCCAGAUCAUCUUCGGACCAGAUCUCUGGAGGAUAUUCUUUCUGAGAGCAUUGGCUACAGAAAAAAAAAAAACAACGAUUUUCAUCAUAAGUCUAAGUCCAUCUAUCAGCACUUGACAUCUCUGGAUUCCCAUUGUCUCUACACCCCUGCCCUCGCCUCUGGAAAGUCUUCAAGGGUUCACGCAAAUGCACUUGAGUUCUGCAUCAUCUCCACCUCCAAUGAUCUUGUUUGUGGUCAACGAAGGGAAUGUUCAGCGAGUAUGCCUACAAUCAUCAACGUAGGAGAGGAGAGGCGACCUUUAGAAGAGAAUCUGAGUGCUUUCUCCGCGAAAGAAAAAUCUAAAGGAACUCCUUUUGCAGUUUCUUGCAUUACAAUGGGUGAACAUAAAGCAAUCAGCAAAAUGAAAUACAUUCUAACCAGCGAGUACGCCGCCCAGCUGGACACAAGAUCUGAAGCACUGAGCUUGUACUGUUUGCAAAAUGCCUGA